AUGGACUCGUUGCUGGCUGGGCUGAAUGAUGCGCAAAGAAGUGCCGUCACCAGUCCAGCCUCUGUCCUCCAAGUUCUUGCGCCACCAGGCUCCGGCAAGACCAAAACUCUCACCGCGCGCGUCGCCUAUCUUGUCGCUCAAGGCCUACGACCAUGGAACAUCAUUGUUUGCACGUUCACCAUCAAGGCUGCCCGAGAAAUGGGAGAAAGAAUCCGGAACCACAUCGGAGAUGAAGUAGAGAAGAAAUUAAUUUUGGGCACCUUUCACUCCGUGGCUCGCCGCUUUCUUGUCUCUUACGGUCAUCACAUCAAUAUCCCUAAAAACUUCGGUAUCGCGGACACGUCGGAUAGCAAAGCGAUCGUCAACCGUAUUAUUAAGCGGCGUGGCUACGGAGCUGACCCGAGCAAAGCACGAUCGCGAAUUUCCACUCUUAAAGCCAAAUGCAUCGGCUGCGACGGCCACGCAGCAACGCAGAAGUCUGCCGAGCAGCAGGAGUUCGCCGCUAUCUACAUGGAGUAUGAGGAGACACUGAAGAUGUCGAGUCUACUGGACUACGACGAUCUUCUACUGCGAUGCGCCGACCUUCUCAAGCGUCGGCCAGAGUGCGUCUCUAACAUCGAAGCCGUUCUCAUUGACGAAUUCCAAGACACAAACCAAGUCCAGUUCGAGCUGAUGCAACUGUUUGCUCAGUACAGUAAGAAGAUCACCUCGGUCGGCGAUCCAGAUCAGAGCAUCUACGGCUGGCGCUCUGCAGAGAUUGAGAACCUCAAUCGUAUGCGUAAGUUGUACCUGGAAACUCACGUUGCGAAUCUAGAAGAGAAUUAUCGAUCAUCGGGCGCAAUACUGCUUGCGGCUCAAGAAGUCAUAGAGCAAGAUGAAAGCCGACCCACGAAGAAGCUACAGCCUACCCACUGUUCCGGUGCAAUGCCAGUGCUCCGAAGACUACCUUCUGCGGCUGCAGAAGCAUCAUGGCUUGUCACCGAGAUCCAACGCACAAAAGCACUGACUGGUCAACUCUACACUAACGACGACUUCGCCGUCCUUCUCCGCUCCGCUCAUUUGUCUCGACACAUCGAGUCGGCUCUGGGUAGAGUUGGAAUACCCUACCGAAUGGUCGGAGGCCCUAGAUUCUUUGACCGAGUGGAGGUAAAGAUCAUACUCGACUACUUGCGCGUAAUCAGCCAGCCAGACCACAACGAUGCCGUGGCACGCAUCGUGAACGUUCCUUCGCGCAGGGUAGGCAAUGUCACAGUCAAUAGCCUCCUUGCAGAAGCGGAAACAAAGCAAACGACAUUGUGGGCAAUGCUGCUCGGCAUAGCGCAGGGAAACAAAAGACCGGAAACGAAGCUAUCCGCCCAGACGUUGAAGGGCAUUGAAGCGUUCGUCGGCGUCAUCCUGGGAUCGAGGCGGAAGUUGUCGGCAGAAGAAGACAGAGAAUGCUCGCUGAUCGAGCUUAUCGAGCAUAUACUGAAGAGUAUCUCCUUGGAAGACCACAUCUGGAAGACACUCGCCGACGAAUUCGACGUGCGUUGGGCUAACGUGGCUGAAUUGGUCGCUCAAGCGGCGGACUUCUCCACAACUGCGCUUAGCAGCGAUAGAUCCGCGGAAGAGUUGUUGCCGAUAGUUGAGGGCAUCGAGCAGCGCGAGCUCUCUAGAAAUGAGGACAUAUUGUGCAAGUUCCUUGCCAACGUCACGCUUGCCAGUGCGACUGAAAUGCCCACAAGCGAGGAAGGAGAUGAUAUGCUUGAGCAGGUGACGAUAUCAACCAUACACGCUGCGAAAGGCUUAGAGUGGCCUGUCGUUUUCAUACCGGGGGCGUACGAAGGAUCCAUCCCACACUCACGCUCCGAGGAUACAGACGAGGAGAGGCGACUAUUGUACGUGGGAAUGACCAGAGCACAGUCGUUGCUGUACAUCAGUUGCCCAACGAAGAACUCGCAACGAGAGAGAACCAGCCUCUCAGCAUUCCUUUCUCCGACAAAUAUGGUCAAAUACUUCGCUGUAAGAGGUCCUUCCUUCACCUUCACUACUUCUCAGGAUCUGGCUCGCAUCCUUCGUAGGACGUGUCCAACAGAAGUGGCCAUGCACGAAGGGCGCUCGCUCGUAGAACGGGCAGAAGACGACCGCUGGCCCUUGGACGGUGAAGAGGAGGAUCCGGAGAUGAGCUUCCUAGGCUUCUCAAACCCGAGCAGCGACGCCUUUCCGUAUGACUCCCAGAGUAAGCGCCGCAAGACUGACGUCAAGGUCCCUGUGGCCGGUUACUCGACCUCCGUCACUAUGCAGGAUCGAGGAGGCUUUUCCACCGCAGCUGCCACCAUGACUACGGGCUUUGUCAGCGCUGGAGUGCGUAUGCAGGAGCUAGAACAGGAGGUGCAAGUAAAGAGAACCGUGAAAAAGGCAACGAUGCUCAAGCGAUCGCAGACAGAGAUGGAGCUUGUGGCCGAAACGAAGGAAACAACUACACAGUCCGCGGCUAGGCAAGGGAGCAUAACCACCUUCUUUGCUAAGAAGUCCACCGCGGUCUCAGUAACCGAAUCAGCCCCAGCAAGUCAAGGAGAACAGACUGCGCCAAAAGUUCGAUCAAAAGCAAUCUUAUCUUCGUUGCAACGGUCCGCGCCUCUGAAUGACAUCUCGAAUGUCGCAGGGAAGGCUACUACAGCACCUCCACCGUCAUUGCUCAGGUCGCUCUCAGAUCACAAGGUGCGGACGAAACCCAUGCUUGGCCGUCCACCGAAGGUCAUAUACGAAGGAGAAGAUUCUACCCGAUACGUCCUUCUCUCCAGUUCUCCUCAAAAGCCUGACGAUGAAGAGCCACGUUCGCGGAAACGAGCGGAGAACAGCACAUCCCUCACCCUCACAACGGCGAAAGCGGUCGAGGCCACUGCCACGCUACCUGCAGCAAGCGACUUCAAGCCCGCCACAACAUUCCACAUAACCAGCAUGACGCAAACAAAAAGCCAACCACCCCCCCAGCGGAAGACCCUCGGCAUGCGGAGGAGCCUGCAUGGCUGGAAUGCGAGGCCGAACCAGCUGUCGAACACGAACCCUCCAGGACGGCCGAAGUAG